UUGCGAAGUAAAUUGUUAGCGUAGUCCCACUUAUAUUAAUUUGUGUGUAGGCCUAGGGUCUAGAUAAAAGUGUACAGUUCUGCCACGUCCUCGACUCGCUCGGCCUUCGGGCUCGAGUCUAGCUCGACCUAGACCGAAUUUUCCGUCUCUUUCGUUCGUUAUGCCUCUUAUUUAGGAGAAUCAAAUGUUCCACUCUCCAAGGAUUUGUCUCCUCAAGCCAACUCUGAUCAAGUACACCUUUCGGAAAGAGGGGCAUCUUAGGAAGACAGCAUCCCCCCGGUUCCGUUCAUCCUCAACAACUCCGAGGCUGCUAGCAAGGUCCUUUCCUCCUUCAUCAAAGCAGAAGCUGUGGACUUCUAGGAGAAUGGCAUCAUCCAGCGGCAAUGGCUCUCUCAUCGUCCCCCAGGACUUUGACUACUUCCUGGUCCUGGAUUUUGAAGCAACUUGCUUGGACAAUGAAAGGAUAGAACCGCAGGAAGUGAUUGAGUUUCCAGUUCUGAAAGUGAGUGGUAAAACCUUUGAGACAGAAGCAACAUUUCAUCAGUAUGUAGAGCCUCAGGUUCAUGGCGUUGGGGAAUUCUGCACUAGGCUAACAGGAAUAACCCCUGACAUGGUCAAAGGUCAACCGACAUUUGCCGAUACUUUGAAGUUAUUUCAUGUAUGGAUGGAGAAGGAGGGGCUUGUUGACCCGGAAGUUAAAUUCAUCUUUGUCACCUGUGGAGAUUGGGAUCUUAAAACCAUGUUUCCAAGCCAAUGUGCCCAUUUUGAGCUUCCAUAUCACUCGUACUUCAGGAGAUGGCUCAACAUCAAGAAGGCAUUUGCUACUGUAACCAGUCACUACCCCAAAGGGAUGAUGCAGAUGUUAGAGAGACUGAACAUUCCACAUGUAGGCAGACAUCAUAGUGGCAUCGAUGAUUGCCGCAACAUCGCCAAUAUUCUACAAGCCUUGGCUCUAAAGAGGUACAAGUUCAAGCAAACAGGGAGCAGGUGACAGAUGACCUUGAUAAUGACCUAUGGUUGACCUUGAGGUCAUUGAAGGUGACUUUCAGUGUGUCGUUCUGGAGGCACUUAAGCAUCUAAAAAUCAUGGAGUAACAUGGGCAACGUGGAAGUGGAAUUGUUGGGGUAUAGCCGUUCAUUCAGUUGAUUUUCAUUCAAAAGGUUGGGGGUUUGAGACCUAGCCCAGCAACAACGUUAAUCGGCUAGAUAUUAAUCCAUGUUUAAAUGGGUACGUGAUGUGCUAGGGGUGUUACACUGAUAAUAACUUGGCUAUGAACAAGUUAAUGAUGUUGAGGCGCCGAAAAUUUCACAGCAUGGCCGAUGUGAGCACUAUACGAACAGCCACCAUUAAUACCUUCCUGCAGAGUAAAGAUGUUUAGAAGAGUGUUCAAAUCAUGGUUAUCAAUGAAACAAGUGUGUAAUCAAUGAGAGCUCUCCAUGCGAAACUCUGUGAAAUGAAAUAAUGUUGCAAUGUGGAUGAUUUGGGUAAAAGCUUCCUCGAAACAGCAAUUGGUGCUACAGAUUGACCUGGAAUUUCAUCCAUGACUAUGUACUUGAUUACCAGGAUUACAUGUAAGUUAAUUGAAACUGAAACGGCACACACUGUCCAUACUUCUUUGCUGCUUUGAAACUUGUGGAGUAAAAGUGUUUUCUCCUUAAUUUUGAUCUAUUUUCAAACCUUUUUGC